UUCUCAGUCUCCACACAAGUCAAGUCGUAUGGAUAAACCAAGCAAGAGUCUGUUUGCACUUGAUCCAAAUGCCUUGACCACCACUGCUGCAUCCUUCUCUUCCUGCUCCCCUAAGCAAAUUAAAUAUCCAUGGUUUCUUCUCUGCUGCUUCCCCCAAGUAGUUCCUCAACUCUCCAUCAAAACUCCAGCCUCAUUUCUUUCACUCCUUCAAGACCAGCAGCGGCAGCAACAGCAUUCCCCUACCACCUUUCCACCACCCUCGCAAAACACUGCAAAAGAAACCCUUUGAGGUGCAACAAUGCUUUCCUUGACAACAUUUCUGAUUUGUUGUUAGACAACAAUCUUCAUCUUGACCAAACCCCAGUUUUUCAGUCAGGGUAUGCUCAGUUUCAGAGAUUCUCUGCGCAAUUACCUGAUGAUGAGAAAUGGGGAGUCGUUCUUCUUGGUGGUAUUGUUUGGCUUUACUUAACUGCUAGACCUGGUGUUCUUGUUGGUGCCAUUGAUGCAUAUUUUCUUGCUCCUCUCCAGAAAGGCAUUGACAUUUUACUUGGAUACAGGAGCUUAAACAGGACUAAUUUCAUUGUACAAAACAAAUUGGGAGAAGGAUCUUUUGGUGUUGUUUAUGCUGGCCUCCUUGUGCCUAAGAACGUGUCCAUCGAAGAAACAACCCGAAAAAGAGGUAACAGGAAAUCUUUGGAGAAGGAUUCCAGGUUCAAGGACAAGGUUAUUCUUAAAAAGGUUAAACUUGGAGUUCAAGGCGCUGCAGAGUGUGGAGAAUUCGAGGAAUGGUUUAAUUACAGGUUAUCAAGAGCAGCUCCAGAGACAUGUGCUCCAUUUCUUGGAAGCUUUGUUGCUGAUAAAACGAAUACACAGUUCAUUAAGGGUGAAAAAUGGCUUGUGUGGAAAUAUGAGGGAGAUCUAGACCUUGCUGAUUACAUGAAAGAUCGUAGCUUCCCUUUGAAUCUGGAAACUGUUAUGUUUGGUCGUGUCUUGAAAGGAGCGGAUUCUACUAAGCGUAAUGCAUUAAUUAUCAAACAGAUACUGCGGCAGAUAAUUACUUCACUAAAGAAAAUCCACAACACGGGUAUUGUACACCGUGAUGUAAAGCCAGCCAAUUUGGUUGUGACAAAGAAGGGACAGAUAAAGCUCAUAGAUUUCGGGGCAGCUGCUGAUCUUCGGAUAGGCAAGAACUAUGUACCAAACCGCGGUCUGCUUGACCCUGAUUACUGUCCACCUGAAUUAUACGUACUUCCUGAAGAAACACCAACUCCACCACCAGAGCCGAUUGCUGCUCUUCUUUCUCCGAUCCUGUGGCAGUUAAACAGUCCAGACUUAUUCGACCUAUAUUCUGCUGGGAUAGUACUCCUGCAAAUGGCAGUGCCAAGUUUGAGAUCAAGUGCAGGCUUAAAGAAUUUUAAUUCAGAGCUAAAGACCGUGGGGUACGACUUAAACAAGUGGAGGGAAAAGACUCGAUCAAGACCUGACCUGAGUAUUCUUGAUAUUGACUCAAGCAGAGGCUGGGAUUUGGCCACAAAGCUUAUUUCAGAGAGGGGUUUCCUUCGCAGGGGGCGUUUAUCUGCGGCGGCUGCUCUGAGGCAUCCAUAUUUUUUGUUAGGUGGCGACCAGGCGGCUGCAGUUCUCUCCAAACUUAGCUUAACAAAGUAGAUAUUUCUUUGUUUUGUAAGUAUGCCUAUUUCUUUCACAAAUUAUAUGUUACACCACCCAUGUUACACAAAUUGCUGUGAAAUCAAUACAAGCUACCAAAGCAAUAUGGCAUUUGGACCUA